UCACUAAUGAGAGAGAGAGAGGAGGGAGUCUUAGAGAGAGAGAGAGAGAGAGAGAGAGAGUAAGGGAGAAAGAGAGAGACUCAUCAUCAUCAUCAAAGACGCGCUCAAGUGACUAGAUUAGAGAAUAGCCCAGCAGAGGAGCGUCGGGGUUUCAUCCAGCCAGAGGGAGCCAUCAGCGCGCGUCCUUAGCACUGCCGGCCGACCCGCGACCUCCUCUCCCCGGCCCCGGCCGCAGCGGCGUCCCGCUCUGUCUCUCCUUUCCUCUCUCUGUCUGUUGCUCUCUCUCUCUCUCUUCCUCUUCGGUAAACUUACUAUGGGUUGUGUCGCCAACUCCUCCGGGACUGAAGUGUUACUGCAGUUGGAGGCUCUUCGCAGCGCCGCGCAACUUUCUCAACUGUUUCGCCUCACGGAGAAAAGAAAGAUUUAUUAUAAAGCUGUUCGGGACAUUGAAGCAGGGGAGGAGCUUUUGGUGUAUAUGAAGGACGGGAUUUUCCCCGAGGGAUCCAUGGCACCCAACCUACAAGACGAGCAAAUGUAUCGCUGUGAAGACUGCGAUGAGCUGUUCUCCUCAACGCUUGAGUUACGGCGACAUCAGAAGUAUUCAUGCUCGAAUGCAGGUUCCAUCUUUGACGCACUGAGAGAUGACUUCAAACAGGAGCGUGAAGACAGCGAUGAGCCCGUCCAUGAGUGCAAAGACUGUGAAAAGAUCUUCCCAAAUGAGUACAGUCUGGGGCAACACAUGAUAGUCCACACAGAGGAGAGAGAGUACAAGUGUGAUCAAUGUCCCAAAGCCUUCAACUGGAAGUCCAACCUCAUCCGCCACCAGAUGUCUCAUGACAGUGGCAAGCGAUUUGAGUGUGAAAACUGUGAUAAGGUACAGCAAACCCGGCACGUGUUCACAGAUCCCAGCAACCUUCAGCGACAUAUCCGCUCUCAACACGUGGGGGCGCGGGCUCACACGUGUCCUGAAUGUGGCAAGACCUUUGCCACCUCAUCAGGUCUCAAACAGCAUAAGCACAUCCACAGCAGUGUCAAACCCUUUAUCUGCCCUGAUGGGCUACGUCUUUUUGUGUCCUCAGGUGAGGUGUGCCACAAAUCCUACACCCAGUUCUCUAACCUCUGUCGUCACAAGCGGAUGCAUGCUGACUGUCGUACCCAGAUCAAGUGUAAGGAUUGUGGGCAGUUGUUCAGCACUACCUCCUCCCUCAACAAGCAUCGGCGCUUUUGUGAGGGCAAAAAUCAUUACGGCUCUCCGGCAGGGAUUUUCAACCCUGGAAUUGCCAUGAGCUCUAGCCCCAUCAUGGCGAAAGCCAAGUCCCACCAUCCCCACCUGCCAGGUCUGAACCAGUCAGGUUUAGGCUUUACUGACUACUUCCCCUCAAGACCUCACCCUCAUGCUGGCUUGCCCUUCUCAACAGGACCUCAUGGCUUCCCAUCCCUCCCACAUGGGUUUCCAGGUAUCUUUCCCCCAACACUUUAUCCUCGACCACCUUUAUUACCUCCAAGUCCUCUAUUAAAGAGCCCUCUAGCAGGCAGCAGUCAGGAGGUUAAGCUCCCUCGGAGCCCCUUAGAUGCCCCACCUUUAUCCCUUGUCAGCUCGACAAACAGCAAUGGCAUUAGCAGUCCACUGGAAGACAAGGAAAAGGACAGUAAGCUUGAUUUGUCUUCUAGUGGGGAAUCUAAACCUAAAUCUAAAAUGGCAGACAUUUCUGAUGGGAGUGACCUUGAGGAUGUUAAUACCACAAGUGGAACCGAUUUGGACACCACCACUGGUACUGUUUCAGGCGACGGUUCUGACCUGGAGAGCGAAGGAGAGAGUGAACGUGAGGGAAGCAGCAAAAGGAGGAAGCCAUCUGGCACCAUGUCAAGUCAAGAUGGAAACCAGUUAGAAGACUCAAAUAGUGCAGUGAUAUCAGCUGUGUCUAGUUCAGGGACGCUUUCUGUUGAUCGCCCUUUUCAUUCUUCUGCUGCAUCCCUGCACUCGUUCUUUCCUCCACCUGAUGAACAAGCCCUGCCUCCUACCACAACAAAUGCCAAUGCAGCCACCACUGAUUCCAUUAAAGCAAUUGCUAAUAUUGCUGAAAAAUAUUUUGGACCUGCUUUGAUGGGACUUCAUCAAGAGAAAAAGAUGGGUCCAUUGCCCUACCAUUCCAUGUUUCCCUUCCAGUUUCUCCCCAACUUCCAUAACUCCCUUUAUCCCUUUAGCACUGAUCGAGGCACUCUUAAUCCUAGCGUUUUCCUGAAGACAGAGCCCAAAUCACCUCAUGAACAGCUGCACAAGAUGGUUUCAAGUUCCCCCGCAGCUUCUGCUCCCACUGCAGAGUCACCCUUUGAUCUCACAACAAAACCCAAGGAGGCCAAGUUAACUCCUCCAGCUCCAACAAACCCAUCCAACAAUAGCAGUACUGGGAACAGCAGUGGUCCUUUAGCGACAACCAACAAUGAAGAGCAGCCGCUGGACCUCAGCAUUGGCAGCAGAAACCGUAGUGGCCACAAUGGCCUACCAGCUGAGCCACAGAGUCGAAAGAAUCAUAUCUAUGGGGCUGGAAAGGGGGUUCCCAAUAAGGAUGAAACCUCAGUGGGAUUUCUUCAUGCUCAUACUCAGUCAUUGCACCAAUCCUCCAUGACGCAGCACCAGCAGUCGCAGGCACAGCCACAUCAGCCUCCUCCCCUGCACUAUGCCAAGCCCUCAGCAUUUUUCAUGGAUCCUAUCUACAGCAGGGUGGAGAAGAGGAAGCUACUUGACCCAGUCGGAGCUCUAAAAGAGAAGAUCCUCAGGCCCUCCCCACCACUCUUCCACCCACAGAUGUCAGCCAUGGAAAAUAUGACUGAGAAGUUGGAGAGCUUUGGUGCCCUAAAACUGGACAUGCCGCCCAAUACUCUGCAACACCCGACCCAUCCACUGUUUAACUUCCGCUCACCACCACCCUCUCUCUCAGAUGCAAUUCUUCGAAAAGGCAAGGAACGCUAUGCUUGCAGGUACUGUGGUAAAAUUUUCCCCCGCUCAGCAAACCUCACCAGACACUUGCGGACACACACAGGGGAACAGCCCUACAGGUGUAAAUACUGUGACCGCUCAUUCAGCAUCUCCUCUAACCUCCAACGCCACGUUCGCAAUAUUCACAACAAGGAGAAACCCUUCAAAUGUCACCUGUGCAACCGCUGCUUUGGUCAGCAAACCAACCUCGACCGCCAUCUCAAGAAGCACGAGCACGAGAACAUUCCUGUCAGCCAGCAGUCCGGGAUGCUUUCCAAUCUUGGAACCACCAUCUCCUCUCCAAACUCAGAGCCAGACAAUCAUGCACUUUUAGAUGAGAAGGAAGACUCGUACUUCUCUGAAAUCCGCAACUUCAUUUCCAACAGUGAGAUGAACCAGGCCUCCAGCUCCAUGGAUAAAAGGUCAGAACAGCCCGAGGAGGAGCGCCCACCCAGCCACAGUUUGUCCAACUCCAAGCUUGGGCUGCAGGGGCUGGAGGAAGAGGAAGUGGAAGGUGACGAUGAAGAGGAGGAGGAAGGCAGCCUGACAGAGAAGUCACACGACGAGGCGCCAGAAUCCCCAUCUCCCAUCACAACAGGAGCCUACGAGGAGGACGAGGAAGAGGAUGACACAGAGACGCCUCCAUUAACUAUGAGCUAUGAACACACUCGCAGGUGUAUAGAGGAGGAUGGCUCUCUCUUGGAUCUUGAGAGUCUGCCCAGCUUUCCUAAGGGCCUGGACGGUUUACGUAAAGCAGCCAUUGAUGAGCAGUCCUUUGAUGUUAAAGACAUAUUUAACACUUCACUAGAGUCUGAAGCAUUGAAAGAAACACUGUACAGGCAGGCUAAAACCCAGGCUUAUGCAAUGAUGCUGUCUCUCUCAGAGAACAACCCUUUGCACGCGCCCUCUCAGAACUCUCUGGACGCUUGGCUGAGCAUGGGGAGCGGACCGUCUGAGACGAGCAGCUUUCACCCACUCAACCAUAUCUAGGCAUAGAGAGGCCAAGAAAAGGCAGAAGGAAUAAUGUGUGGGGGGGAGGACAUUUAGUCUCACAAACAGACAGAAAUAAGAGACUUUGAAGACAACCGGAAGACAAAAGGCAGCGAUGGAUUUCAUUGUCACAUUCAUUCAAGGCAGGGCGAGUGAGUUUGUGUGGCUCUCCCUGUGUUCACAUGUUUAUGUGUACAUUUGAGUUUGACAGAGGAAUCGGGGAGUGUUCCUUCGUGAAGCAUCCUGCAAAACUGUCUAAGAGAAAGCACUGCUAAGCUCCUGUUGAUGUGAAGGACAUGAUGAAUGCUUUUCUAUAGCAUUAAAAUUCUGCGUCACUCUGAUCUUCCCCCAGUGCACAAGACUCCCAGCAGCAUCACACUCUGUAAAAGGCUCCCCUAAAGACACUUAGUCUCUGAGCACUAUGCCCAACACAAGCAUUGCAGCACUGACUCUGCAUGUCCACCAGGUGGCACUGUUUCAGGAGAAAUGGAAUGGACUUAUGAGUGAUUCUUUAUAGGUUUUUCUCCAGUAGACAUGGCAACUAAUCUUCUGAUCAUUUGAAUUAUUAUUUAAUUUCAGAAUCAACAAAAGCACCAUUCAAAAUAAAUGAAUAUUCAGAAUCAGUAGACUGUUGAUUUUUCAUUAAUUACAUAUAGAGAAACAUGUCCAAUAUUCAAAUGUGAUGUAAUGAGCAACGUGGGCCAAUAGCCAUUAAAAUUAGCUACUAAAUUUGCUCUUGCUGAAACCAAUCUAAAAUUCUUCUUAAAGUGUGUUUUUCUUUUGUUUAUUGCAUCAUCAUUUAAAUGUAUUUACUUUAUUUCCUAUAGAUACCACAGUAUUGCUUUUUUUAAGUGCUCAACUGUUAAUUUAAUUAUUUUAGAGAAGGACCAAAUUUAUAUGAUGCUGUCACAUGAUGUAAAAAUAAUAAUAACCUAGAUGUUAAUAGCAAAAGUGGUAUGUGCCAAACAACACUUAGAAAAUGUUUGUUUUUUUUCUUUGACAAUCAUUUCAUUUCCAAGAGGCCUCACGGUUGCUUUCAUUUUCUCCCUUACAACACUUGUAUGUGUAAUUUUAGAAGUGUGUGCAUGUAUUUAUUUUUAUGUUAUUUUGUUGAGACUUGAGAAAUGAACAUGAAGAAAAGUCUUUUCAUCCCUGUUUUUCUUGAAGAAGGAAGGAAGGAUCAGAUGUCAGAACGCAGGGGGAAGAUUCUGAAACUCUGGCUUUGACAAAUUAGUGUGCCAAAAUGAAAAGACCCCAUGAGUUAGUUUUUCUUUUAAUUAUCUUUAUUUAUAGUUUCAAAUCAAGUGUGGUUAGUUAUAGAUUCCUGUUUGGCAUUGGAACAUAGUGCCAGGUUUACCCUGGUUCUCUUUUUAUUGUUUCACUUCAACAAUUUUGCUGAAUAUGAUGUUUUCUUGCCCUCUCUGUCCAGGGAUAUAAUUGUAUAAACAUAAUUUUGAAUGUCAGUUAAAGGGCAUUACAUUAUCAUUAUUGAGUCUUGAUUUCAGAUUCCAUUGUUGGCUCAUGUUACGUAAAUUUUAGCAUCACUUGUAGUAUAACCAACAAGUUGUAAUCUUUUGGGAUUUGUCUCAGGUUAGUUUUCUGGUCAGAAAUUCUCACAGCAUCCAGUCAAAAUCUUGUGAAGAUGGCAGAUGUACUGGUUAUGUAGGCAGAAAUGUGUUGUCUGAAGUAUCUCAUGGUUCUUAAAGAACAGAGUGGACAUCCUAAAAUGUGUCUGUCCAGUUUAACCCUCAUUAGAUUGCUCUGAGAACUCCCCCUAUCAAGUCUGCAGAGUUAGCUGUGCCAUGAACAGCAUGAAACAUAUACUUAAGGUACUUGUAGUUGGCAGGGUUAAGUGGUGUAGAUCACUUUUAAUCCCAUAUAGACUUUCAUAAACAGGCCUCAUGCUACUUUUGAUCUAGCACUUAAAACAACUGGGACCAAGCCCUGAGCAGAACAAGUUCUGGUCUCUUGGUUGAACUCAGACCUGGAUCCAUUUUUAAACUGAUUUGACUUUUAACAGUUGGGGCAGCUCUGCUCAACAAGGAGAAAUAAGAAUAGAACUAAAGCACUGUAAUUUCAAUUCACAACAGCAGGUGGUAGUAUGAUGCUAGGACUGCUGCAGCAUCUCAUUUUCUUAAGACUAAAGUCUUUUUUAUAAAUAUAUAUAUAUAUAAUUCUACUGAAUGAGAUUCCAUUCAUUGUAAACACAUUGUUUUUCAAUUUGUGCUAAGAAAAUGUAAAGACUUGGGUCACUAAGGUUUUAGGUUGACUAUGUGUAGUUAUUCAUGUCAUGGACUACUGUAAAAAUCAUGCGCUGUGUGAAGCGACUGAAUCGAAAACAUUGAACUAUUCCAUUUUGGAAACUUCACAAAGUGUUCUGGUCACUGAAACAUUUUUUUUUCAGGAUAACAAAACAUGGUUGCUCUUUGCCCACCUGUUACAGAAGAAAGUAAAAAAAAGACAGUUUCUUUUUAACUAUAUAGUAUUUUAAAGAAUGAAAAACAAUGGUGCAUAUGUCUGAAGAAGAAAAAAAACCUUUUAAAAAUAUGGGUUUAAAUGAAUGAUGCUUGUUUGGUUAAAAUCUGAGUUGUAUAUCGCUUCUGUUAUGUUUAUUGAAAACAAAUGAAAAAAAAGUUAUUGUGCAUGACGUGUUUAGCAGUCAUAAUGAUGUCCAUUUGUGAAAUGUGUAUCAAUUCAAAAACACAUAAAAAAGGUAAAAGAAAAAAAAUUGUAGAUGCACUUAUUGUACAUGUGUUUAGGUUAGUAGGUUUGACUUCAAGUUCUGUCUGCCUGGCAGAUGUGUGGGCAGGUUCUGAAAGACAGAAAAGACUCAUGGGACAAGACCUAAUGAAAAACAAUAAAGGAUUGUAGAAUAUUGUUGAACAAUUCUGAAAUUGCAGUUCUUUUGAUGCUUGUGAUUAUUGCAGAUGUACUUUAGAGAAAUUUCAUUGAGAAAAUAUGACUCUGAUGUUAAUUCUGUAGAAUAGCAAUGUAUACCAAAUAUAAUCUUUCCAAUGCUAUGAAGAAUUUAUACAUGAAAUUGAUAUGCAAUAAAACCUGUGUGCUUUUUAAA